CAUUGCAUUGCCAUCCUUUUAUUUUUUAACAGAUGGAGGAAGCCAAGUUGGGUAAAUCAUCCAAGUUCAAGAGGGUGUGUGUCUUCUGUGGAAGCAGCACCGGAAAGAGGAGCUGCUACCAAGACGCCGCUGUGGAGCUUGGCAAAGAGCUGGUGGCUAGGAAGGUGGAUUUAGUCUAUGGAGGUGGGAACACGGGUCUGAUGGGCCUCGUCUCCGGCGCCGUCCACAGCGGAGGCGGCCAUGUUAUUGGCAUCAUCCCCCGAUCUCUAAUGGGCAGAGAGAUCACCGGGGAGACGGUGGGAGAGGUCAGAGCAGUGGGAAGCAUGCAUCAAAGGAAGGCGGAGAUGGCUCGACACUCUGACGCUUUCAUUGCCUUGCCUGGUGGGUAUGGCACGUUGGAGGAGCUGCUGGAGGUGAUAAGUUGGGCCCAGCUCGGCAUCCACAACAAACCUGUUGGUUUGGUGAAUGUGGAUGGGUAUUACAACUCGCUGCUGGCCUUCGUAGACAAGGCCGUGGACGACGGCUUCAUCAAGCCCUUUCAGCGCCAUAUCAUAGUUUCCGCCCCCAGUGCUCGGGAGCUAGUCCAGAAGCUGGAGGACUACGUGCCCAUCCAAGACGCGGUUGUGUCUCAGCUCAGGUGGGAGAAGGAGCAGGUGGGAUAUAAUUUCUCCCUGCAGGCCGAAAUCGCUACGUAGCAGCGGUAUCUGCAGGAGCUGCUUGUGUGCGCACACUACGAUGAAGGGAAGGGACUUUUCUUGGUCGGUUUUGUUCUUUAGUUAUUUUGUCCCUAGGCUUGGGAUGGCAGCUCGGCACUGCAAUGGCAAUUGAUACCACCUGUGUGUGUAUCCCCUCAUCCUUGUUUUUCCCCCUUCUCUCCUUAUGUUGUGAUGCUUGUGAGUGUUUAUGUACUACUACUCUAUUGAUACCGCCACCAUUUGACUGAUACUACAAAGCCGGAAGCAAAAGCAGCAGCUAUCGGCUCAUCUA